AUGACCCUCACCACCCACCCACCUACCUCCGACCCCUCCGACCUCGCCGCCCUGAACCUCUCCCGCCUCGUCGACCGUCUCGAACAUAACCUUCUUUCGCCGAAUGCAGACCUGAAAUCUCUGCGGCGAUCGGAGUACCAGCGGAUCAGAGUGGGCACGAACAUAGAAUACGCCCGCGCGACCCUCCAAGCCCUCGAACGCAGCCUCCCGCAAAUCAAACCCGUCGACCGACGGUACGAACUCCAAUCUAGCCUUGCGCGGAACCGCCAGACGCUGAAGCAAGUCCAGAACGUCCUUGAUGAGAUCCAAGCUGAGGAUGAGAUCCGUGCCUCGGCGCGGGGGAAUGGGUGGGAUCUUGUCGAGGACGAUGAGGAUGCGGACUCCGAUGCAGAGGACCUCUUAGAAACGCCGGAGGACACGGCUGAUGAGGCUACGCCGGAAGACGAUGCUCAAACUGCUAGGAAGGCAUCUGAUGCGGCGGAAGUAGCUAGUGCGCCGCCAGCUACCACUACAAACACAGUCGAUACAGGUCCAUCGUCCACACCAGCACCAGCACCAGCACCCACGCCCGCAGCCCUUCGAAACAGACACCACAACUCCGCAUCCCCAUCCACAACAUCCAAAGCAACAGCAACAGGAUCGUCGCUACACAAUAUCACACCGGGGCCAGGCGCCCAGGCGGGUGCCGAAACAGAAGAAGCACUCGGAACGGACCGCCUCGAACAAGAGAACCUCACAUCCUCGCUCCUCGACCUCGCAACACAACUCAAGACCUCCUCGCAGCAAUUUCAAGCCUCGCUCGAAGCCGAGAAGUCGGUCCUCACCCGCGCAGCGGAGGGCCUCGAUCGCACGACGGGGAACCUUGCUGUCGCGGAGCGGAGGAUGGGCAUGUUGCGCCGCAUGACGGAGGGCAAGGGGUGGUGGGGGCGGAUGAUGCUUUACGCAUGGAUCUUCGGGCUGUGGGUUGUUGCUAUACUUAUUGUAUUUGUUGGGCCGAAGUUGAGGUUUUGA